AUGUCGCCUCAGCAGCACUGCCGGUGGCCUGCGACUCUCGGAGGGCUCAGAGCCUUCUGGGGUCAAACAGCCAAUCUAGGAAGGGGCAGCGUGGUGCUCCCGGGCCCCUUCUGGCAGGUGCUGGCCCUGGUGGCUGGCGACAAGUGGAGGCGCCACCAGGCACCUGAUUCCUCCUCCUCUCGGGCCCUGCGCCUGUAUGAACCCAGGUCGGAACAAGACCCCGGGGUCGGGGGCGGCGAAGGCCAGCUCCGGGCGGCGACUAAAGGACGGUGUUUAGACCGAGAAGGCGGCACCAUGCUGCGCCCCGUCACCUGCCUCCUCUGUGACACGGACGGCCUUCUUCUGGGUACGGAACGGCUGUGUUCAGUGGUGUUUCGAGAAACAUGUGGCCGCUCUGGGAGGAAUCACACCUGGGACGUGCAGUCCCUGGUCAGGAAACUCGUCCGCCACCUGCGGAAACACAACAUACCCUCUGCCGCCGCCGCCAGCUCCGGGUCUGCGUCACUCGAGAUGAAGACAAGCAGGAACAAGGAAUUCUUUGGUUUGUUUCGUCACCUCGUUUUGGGAGACGACCCGGGAGUGAAGAGCGGGAAGCCGGAGCCCGACAUAUUCCUGGCUUGUGCCAAGAGGUUGUCCCCGCCUCCUCCCGUGGAGCAGGGCCUUGUCGUUGAAGAUGCUCCCAACGGGCUGCAGGCGGCCCUGGCAGCCGGGAUGCAGGCGGUCACGGCUCCAGACGGACCCCUGAGCCACGACCUGACGGCAAAGGCCACGCCGGUGCUGGAUUCCCUGCAGGACUUCCGGCCUGAGCUGUUUGGGCUGCCCUCCUACGGGUGAGGGAGGACGUGUCCUGCACUCCCUGCCCACGCCGGGCCACGCUGCUGGGCAGGCGACAGCACCCAGACCGCAGCCUGCAUAUUGAUCCCGGCCUUCCUGUUGGCGUGGCCCACUGCGUAAAGUGUUGAUAGAACAUGGCUUGGCAGUUGACAGAAAACAAAGUAGAGACAGCCCAGAACAAAGGUGAAACUUGAAUGACCAUCUGAAAAAUCGAGCUGGUGUAGCAUGUGAUAGACAAGCGAGUAGACAUGCUUGCGUGUG